AUGUUUCGCUUAACAACCUAUCUUGUCGGCGCUGCGAGCCUAUACAUGGCCGCUGCUGCACAAAACUCGACCACCCCGCCAAGCGACGGUCCUCGCAACCCCAUGCUCCAAUUGAGCUCGGACGAGUCCUUUCACUUUGAGAUUCUCCGCACACUAUCGCUCUCCGUCGCCGAGGGCGCUGAUCUCGGCGAGGUUCUCGUUGCCGCCCAGCAGAUCAAGAGCUCCGACUUUGAGAGUUACUACCAAGCCUUUAACAGCCUCGCGGAGCACGUCGACAGGCAGGGCAGGGCGCUCAACGGCGACAAGUAUCCCGCGUCGUUCCGAGCGAUGCGCCUCAAGGCCGCCAGCUACUUUCGCGCGGCCGAUUUUUUCCUCCACGGCGACUGGGAGGAUCCCCGUAUCGAUAGCCUCUGGGAGAAGCAGACAAGGGCCUUUGACGAUGCGUUGCCUCUGAUGGCGAGCCCCGGCCGCCGCACGACUCUUGAAUCAAGGGACGGCAAGUUUAAGAUUCCUGCCAUCUUUUACAGUACCGGCAAGCCAGGUCGCCACCCGACUAUCCUAAUGUGCAACGGUUUCGACGGCUCUCAAGAGGAAAUGUUUCACAUCUUUGGCAGGGCUGCGCUCGAUCGCGGCUACAACGUCCUCACCUACGAAGGCCCUGGCCAGCCGACCGUCCGCCGCGAGCAGGACAUGGGCUUCAUUCCCGACUGGGAGCGUGUCGUCUCCCCCGUCGUCGAUUACGCCGUCUCCCUCGACGAGGUUGACCCCAAAGCCAUCGGCAGCAUCGGAUACUCUCUAGGCGGCUACCUCGCCUCCCGCGCUGCCGCGUUUGAGCCCCGCAUUGCUGCCGUCGGUGCCAUUGACGGUGUCUACGACUUUGGCGACGCCUUCAUCAGCCCGCUGCCUCCCAUCGUGAAGCAGUGGCUCACGGACGGCAAGCGGCAAGACGUCAACGAUGUCUUUGCGCAGGCGGUCGCCGACCCAAGCACCCCUACCGGCAUUCGCUGGGCUGUCCAGCAGGGCCGCUGGUCCUUCAAGGCCGACGACUUUUUUGACUUCUUCACCCUUGUGCAAAAGUACACCCUCGACGGCGUGGCGGACAAGAUUAAGCAGCCCCUCUUUGUCGGCGACGCGGAGCUGGACCAAUUCUUUCCCGGCCAGGCCCGGAAACUGGCCGAGGCCGCGACGAGCAGCUCGAAUAAAGUCUGCCACCGCUUCGAGGCCGCGAAUGGUGCGGGCGAGCACUGCUCCGUCGGCGCUGCCGUGUACCAAAACCAGAUUCUGUAUGACUGGUUCGAGGAUGUUUUCAACGGGAAAAGCUAA